AAUCAUCGAUAUCUAAUCAUGCCUGACCCAGUGAAAGCACCGAAGAAGGGCUCCAAGAAAGCCGUCUCCAAGUCCGUGUCUAAGACCGGCAAGAAGAAGAGGAAGACCAGGAAGGAGAGCUACGCCAUCUACGUGUACAAGGUGCUGAAGCAGGUGCACCCCGACACCGGCAUCUCCUCCAAGGCCAUGAGCAUCAUGAACUCCUUCGUCAGCGACAUCUUCGAGCGCAUCGCCGGAGAGUCUUCCCGCCUGGCUCAGUACAACAAGCGCUCCACCAUCACCUCCAGGGAGAUCCAGACCGCCGUCCGCCUCCUGCUGCCCGGGGAGCUGGCCAAACACGCCGUGUCUGAGGGCACCAAGGCCGUCACCAAGUACACCAGCUCCAAGUAACCGGCUCCAAGUAACCGGCUCCAAGUAACCGGCUCCGAGGAACCGGCUCCGAGGAACCGGCUCCGAGUAAACAGCUGCUGGUACCGACUACAUAAAGGCCCUUUUCAGGGCCACACACUCAUUCAACUAAGAACAAUUCCUAAAAUAGACUUUGUCUCACCAAACAGUCCAAAUUAUUUACAAUGCAAUGGGUUUAUGACUUUUUAUUUUAUUUAAUUAUUUUUUAAAUUUAAAUUAUUUUAAAAUAAUGUUAUGCAAAUUUAGAUCUACCAGUUGUGUUUCUUGGUGAGUCCUUCACAUUACUAUAUUGUUAAAUAUAAUCCCAUUCUGUAUAAAGCUGUAUUUAUCCCAUGUUUAAGUCUGAAAUUUACUUAUUCCACUAUAAUCAAUUAAUGAUUUACUUUUUUUCCCCAUAGUAAAAACAUAAUGUCCCAACAACUGUCUGCUGACCUGGUCCUUUUCACUGUAAUUAAAUAUACUGGAUUAGCUCGUGAUGACACAGCUGCCUGAGAGAUUAUUAUUUGGGAAUUAUUAUAUAUGGUAUGGUAUUAUAUGUGGUUAACGUCACAGUUCCUUUACACAGGAUGAAGCUAUAAAAAGAAUGCCAGUUAAAAUAUAAUCCACGUACUCUUAUUAAAAUACAUACUCUUUUUUGUUCAGACAUGCAGGUGUACACAAAACACUGAAAAUCAUGACAAAGACAUCAAGUCUAAAAUAUGUGAUAUGUAAAAGUCUGGAAAAUCACAUGUCCAAUAAAUAAGCAAUGAACAAGCUGUA